AUGAAAAUGAUGAAUGCUGGGCUGAUCUCGGGGGCAUGCCAGUAUUUAGCGGUAAAUCAUCCGCCUCUGUUCCAAGUGUCUGUGACGGGCCCAGAAUGGAAGCAUUUUUUGACGAAACCUUCGCUGAAAUAUGUUUUACGACUAAUGGCAGGCAUGGCGCGGGAUCAUCAGCCGUCGCAGCAAGCAAUUGCCGAGAAUUCACUGCCGAUUCUGCACCGUUUGGAACAGAUCUCGUCAUCUGAGCAUAUUGGAACUCUAGCAGAAAAUGUGAUGGAAGAACUGAAAAAAAAUCAGAGCGUCGCCGUGCAGAUAGAGAAGGUGCGUCAAGAAACGAAAGCUAAGAAACGACAAUUGGCAAUGGCUAUGCGCCAAAAACAGCUUUCUGAAAUGGGUAUGGAGAUUGGUAAAAAAGGACAGGUUAAAGUAUCAUCAAGAAGAAUAGUGAACGAGCCGCAUUCCGUCCAGAGCACUUCGGAGGUCGGUGCAUGUUGCAUAUGCCGCGAAGAAGUUGAUGUAGGCGAGAAAAUAAUGAUGGUUAGUUUGUUACUGUCUUUUGCCUACUUAUAUAUUCUCUUAUAA